AUGACACAUGUGAAAUUUCGACAAAGAAAACUUUUGCUUUGGUUUAUGUGUGGUUGUCUUGCAAUAUUUACGAUUUAUUGUUUGUAUUUUUUACUGGCAACUUAUCGUCUUUAUAGCUUUCAUGCUACGACGUCAUCAAAUGAAGUCGCACUAAGUCAAAGUACACAGAAAGUAAAUAAAACAACUUUCUUAAGAAGUUCAAAUGUUAAGUCAACUUGGACUUGUACGGGUAAUAUGAAUUAUGAAUCUGAAUGGCAGAAAAGGACUUGUGCAUUUAAAAAUAUCUGUUAUAAUAAAGAAAAAAAAAUCUUUCAGUUUUAUCGUAAUCCAGGCAGUAUUAAAACACCAAUUUUAUUUGAGCCUAAGCUAGGUCAUAUAUAUGAUUUUCAUAUAAAUAAUCAUGGCUUUGUUGGCCUUUUUUCGCGCUCUUCUCCUCUUCAAUCAUGGGGACCAACAAUUGUUGAAGAAUGGUUACCGUCCCCCAAUAGAGUACCCUAUUUAGAACAUGUUCAUGUUUUAUUUACGCAUUGGUUUACUUACUUUAAUCCUGGUCAUGUCAUUUGGGAAGACAUAGCAUCUACCUAUUUUGCUAUGGUUAGGUUAAAUGAAUAUGAUAGAAAUGCUGUUCUUCUUGAAUAUCGACGUCUUCCCAAGAAAGGAAACCAAUUUUAUCGAAUGUUUCAUAACAUAAUUCCUGCUUUUGCUGCAAAAGUCGAUAGUCUUGACAAUUAUAUGAAUAAUUUUUCUUCACCUUUUGUAUGUUUUCGAACUAUUGUAGCUGGUGGUGCUACAGCGAUGUUUUCUAUUGGCAAUGAAGCAUAUACAAAUGGAAAAGAAAGACUCCUCUAUAACUAUCGUACUGCUAUCCUACGAUAUCAUGGUGUGAAUAUAUCUCAUUUGCCGUCACGUCAUCGUAUUGUACUAGUCAACAAAACUCAAACGGUGCAUCGCAGCUUACGUGCAAUUAAAAAUCUUGCCGAAGUUAAACAUUUCAUACAUUCGACAUAUCCAAAGAUACAACUUGAUGUAAUUGACUGGAGUAAAUAUACAUUUACUCAACAAAUGCAUCAAUUAUACAAGACAACUGUAUUAAUCACACCAUGUGGUGGUAUCUCAACAAUAAUACCAUUUUUACCUGAAGGAACGCAUGCAAUCGUAAUGGAUUUCUAUGUCAACAAAAACGCAUACCGGGAGCCUGCGAGAUAUGAAGUAGGAGAAUCAGCUUCGAUGGAUGGGGGUUUUUGA